UUGACUCGUAGUCUUGGCGCCCUGUUUUCUGUUGCUGGUUAUUCCACAGUCGGCCUUAUCAUUUUUUUCCACGUUACCCUAUCAUGGCUCAGGUUCCACCUGCUGUUCAGGCUGGGUUGAGGGAAGCGCUUCUCGAGACGUUGACAGGGAUUCUAUCCCCUUGCCAGGAAGUGCGUGCAGCCGCGGAGGAGCAGCUGAAAGUACUUGAAGUAACAGAAGAGUUUGGAGUUCAUUUAGCAGAGCUUACGGUUGAUCCCCAUGGUGCUUUGGCCGUCCGACAGCUGGCAUCGGUGGUUUUGAAGCAGUAUGUUGAAAAUCACUGGUGCUGUCAGUCAGAGAAGUUUCGAUCUCCUGAAACCACAGAAAGAGCAAAAACGGCUAUAAGGCAGCUGCUUCCUAGGGGUCUUUGGGAAUCUAUCAGCAAGGUUCGCUCAAGUGUGGCAUAUGCAUUAUCUGCCAUUGCCCACUGGGACUGGCCUGAAGCGUGGCCCCAACUUUUCAACCUGCUCAUGGAAAUGCUAGUGAGUGGUGAUGUCAGUUCUGUACAUGGAGCUAUGAGAGUUUUGACUGAGUUCACCAGGGAGGUGACUGAUACGCAAAUGCCACUGGUAGCACCUGUUAUUCUUCCAGAGAUGUACAAGAUAUUCACAAUGGCAGAGGUUUAUGGGAUUAGAACUCGUUCUCGUGCUGUUGAAAUUUUCACCACUUGUGCACAUAUGAUUUGUUCUAUGGAUGAGGUAGAAAAGGGCGCUGCUCAUGCUCUAAUCUUACCUGUGGUACAGCAGUUCACACAAGCUUUUGUCCACGCUCUACAGAUGCCAGAUGGUACCACAUCUGACAGCGGAUUGAAAAUGGAGGUUUUAAAGGCAAUAACUGCUUUGGUGAAGAAUUUUCCUAAGCACAUGGUUACCUCAAUGCAGCAGAUAUUGCCAAUUGUGUGGAAUACACUGACUGAGAGUGCAGCUUUCUAUGUGCGUACAGAAGUAAAUGACACUGAGGAUAUUGAGGAUCCUGUGGAUUCAGAUGGAGAGGUUUUAGGCUUUGAAAACCUGGUUUUCAGUAUCUUUGAGUUCGUACACACACUUUUGGAAAACAAGUUUAAAGGGACCAUCAAGAAAGCGCUUCCUGAGCUGAUCUAUUACAUCAUCCUAUACAUGCAGAUCACAGAAGAGCAGAUUAAAAUUUGGACUGCAAAUCCUCAGCAGUUUGUGGAGGAUGAGGAUGAUGACACUUUUUCAUACACUGUCCGUAUUGCUGCCCAGGAUCUUCUUUUGGCUGUGUCAAAUGAGUUCCAAAAUGAGAGUGCAGUUGCACUUGCUGCUGCAGCAACACGACAUCUGCAGGAAGCUGAGCAGAACAAGAGCCAAGGAGGACAGCAUUGGUGGAAGAUUCAUGAAGCUUGCAUGCUGGCUUUGGGCUCAGUAAAAAUAGUUUUAACAGAGGGUGUACAAAGUGGUCGAGUUCAGUUUGAUAUGAACGGCUUCCUGACUAGUGUGAUAUUGUCUGACCUCAAUCUCUCCGUCUCUCCCUUCCUUCUAGGACGUUCCCUAUGGGCUGCAAGUAGGUUUACAGCUGCAAUGUCAACUGAACUGAUACAGCAAUUUCUACAGGCCACAGUAAGUGGUUUGCAUAACAAUCAACCACCAUCUGUACGGAUCUCUGCUGUUAGGGCCAUCUGGGGGUACUGUGAUCAACUUAAGAUCUCUGAGAGCACCCAUGUAUUACAACCAUUCUUACCUAGUAUACUAGAUGGUCUCAUAAACCUGGCAGCUCAGUUCACAUCUGAGGUGCUAAACUUGGUGAUGGAAACGCUAUGCAUUGUAUGCAGUGUGGAUUCUGUGUUUACUGCUAAUUCUGAGUCCAAAAUUUGUCCAUUCACCAUUGCAAUCUUCCUCAAGUAUAGUAAUGACCCUGAAGUGGCUUCACUGGCUCAGGACAUUUUUAAGGAACUUGCUCAAAUAGAAGCCUGCCAAAGCGCAAUGCAGAUGAGGCUCAUACCCACUUUGGUUAGCAUCAUGCAGGCACCUGCUGAUAAGAUUCCUCCUGGUCUUUGUGCUACAUCCAUCGACAUUUUAACUACAGUUGUGAGGAACACACAGCCACCACUAUCUGAACUUCUCAUAUUUCAAGCCUUUUCUGCUGUUGCUCAGUGCACUCUUCACACUGAUGAUAAUGCAACUAUGCAAAAUGGUGGGGAAUGUCUACGUGCUUACGUAUCGGUGGCACUUGAACAAGUGAUUCAGUGGCAUGAUGAGGAAGGGCAUAGUGGGCUCUGGUAUGUGAUGCAAGUGGUCAGUCAGCUUUUGGAUCCACGUACAUCUGAAUUCACUGCAGCAUAUGUUGGGCGUCUUGUGUCUACCCUCAUCUCCCGGGCUGGUCGUGAACUUGGAGAAAACUUGGACCAAAUACUAAGAGCCAUCUUAAGCAAAAUGCAACAAGCAGAAACUCUCAGUGUCAUGCAGUCUCUGAUUAUGGUGUUUGCACACCUUGCACACUCACAGUUAGAACCCCUUUUUGAGUUCCUCUGCAGUCUUCCUGGUCCAACAGGAAAACCAGCCCUUGAAUUUGUGAUGUCAGAGUGGAUGAGCCGACAACAUUUGUUCUAUGGGCAAUAUGAAGGGAAAGUCAGCUCAGUUGCUCUAUGCAAAAUUCUGCAGUAUGGCGUAUCUACGGAUGAUAAAAGACUUCAGGACAUCAAAGUUAAGGGAGAAGAAAUUUUCAAUAUGGAAGAGGGUAUACGUACCAGAUCAAAAACCUCAAAAAAUCCUGAACGCUGGACUACUAUUCCUCUACUUGUUAAGAUAUAUAAGCUGUUAAUCAGUGAACUUUCAAAUGUAAUUGAAGCCAAUUCAACCCGACAGACUGAGGAGGAAUUGAGCCAAAGUGAUGGAGAUGACCCAAAUGACAUGUAUGAGGAUGAAGGUUUGGCAGGAUGUUUACUAUCUGAUAUCCUUUCCAGCAAUAAAUAUGAUGAUGAUUACUAUGAAGAUGAUAUAGAGGAUGACCCAGAUGUUUUGAAGGAUCCUCUCUAUCUAAUUGACUUGCAGACAUACCUUACAGAUUUCUUGCGCAUGUUUGCUCAACAACCAUGCUUUUCUGGUUUCUCUGAACAUCUAAAUAGCAAUGAAAGAAGAAUUCUCCAGUCAAUUGGAAUCUGAAUAUCAGACAUUUUAUAAAUUUAAAUGACAUUCCUUAACUCCUCUAGAAAAUCGCACAGCCUGUUAAUCUGUUUUGAGGGACCCUUCUGAAGUUUUGAAGUAAUGAAAUAUUGGACUGAAUUACCCUCCUUAAUAGGGGUUGCCUUGAAUUGAUGAUAUUUUUACAAUUACCAUCUAUUUUUUUUUUUUUUUUUUACCAAAAAGGAACAGUGGAAAAAGAAAGCUGCUCUUAAUGUAAUGUGCCAUUGCAUGCAGCACUGCCUAUCAAAUGUUGGUGAAUUCCAGUGUAUAAGAGACAUGUUAAGCUGCUAUUCUAACUAGUAAUAUUUUUUUUUUUGGACUUAAAUCGCUGUGUAGGAACACACUGGCUACCAGCGUGGGACUUUCAUUUACAUGACAGCCUCUAAACAAUAUCCUGGUGCCUUGUAGGUUCAUGUAAAGUUAAUAACCCACCUAAAGGCUUUACUGCUGCCGUAUCCAUAGCCAAAGGAGGUUCAACAGCAUGAUGAGAUUUUCUAAUGUCAUUUGAAUAAUUUCUUUUUCACUGUUUAACACUGAUGAUUUUGCAGGAAGUUUAAAUAGCAAGAUUAAAAAGGUGCCAUAUCCAUUCAAAUGAAUAUUGUUUUUUCCAUUAUGAAAUUUCUUCCAGAAUGUGCUUAAAUACAAUUAAAAUAAGAUGAAGAUGUUUUUUUGAAGUGGAGGUUAGGAAAUUUAGGAUUUUACUGACUUUAUUGAAAAGCUGGUCAAUAUUAAAUGUACAAAUAAAAUAUCUGUUCUACAUUAAAAAAAAAAAAAAUGUUAGUGUCAAAAGAACUGAAAUAAGGGGCGGUCUGCAGAGGCUUAGAUACAAGGUAGAGGUAAAAGUAUUUAAAUAUAACCGUGUUGGUUAUGCAAAACUGGGGAACAAUGCAAAUUACUAUAUAAACUUAUUAACCUCUUAACAGUUUUCCCCAAUAAAGUCAAACACCUAAUUAACCUAUUAACCCCUAAACUGUCAUCCCCCAACAACGCAAACGCCUAAUUAACAUUAACCCCUAAACCACCAUCCCCAACAAUGCAAACUACCUAAUUAACCUAUUAACACCUAAUCCUCAAACCCCCCACAUUGCAAAGUAUUAACCUAAUAACUAAGCCCCCUAACCUAACACUCCCUAAGUUAACCCCAUUUAAAACACGUACAAUAAAAAAUACUAACUACAUAAAAAAUUAAUAAAAACAAUUACAAAAAAUAAAAACAAAUUACUAAAAAAAACUAACACCCAAAAUAAAAAAACUAACAUUACAUAAAAAAACAAGAUUACAAAAAUAUUUUUUUAUUCCUAAUCUAAUACCCCCUUUUUAAAAAAAAAAAAAAAAAAAACACUACCCCAAAAUAAAAAACACCCUAAUCUAUAAUUAAAUUACCAAUUGCCCUUAAAAGGGCAUUUUGUAGGGCAUUGCCUUUAAGUUUAAAAGCUCUUUCGUUGAAAAAAUACAAAGUACCCCGUUAACAGCCUGUUAAUCUGUUUCAUGAGAGACCCUUCUGAAGUUUUGAAGUAAUGACAUUUUAGGCUGAAUUACCUUCCUUAAUAGGGGUGUAGAUGUAUUGCUGAGUGGCAUUGUAUACACUACAUAUGUAUCAAUUAAUUUAAUAAUUCAGUUGAGCUAAUAUCUACUUGAUUUGGCUAUAGCCACAGCAGAAAUUGUAAAAGACCUCAAAUCAAAUGUUUCAGCAUAGACCCCUUUCCCCACUCACUAUGCAGAUUACACUGAUGUAUAUCUAAAUAACUCAAUUAAAAUAAUUUCCCUGACAUGGUACCUAGAUCAGGAUGCUACCUGGGGUGAGAGAGACGCUGAGUCUGUACUUUAGUGGGGAUAUGCUCAGAAUCCCAGGAUGUGGUAAGUUAACAGAUACAUGUGAUAAUCAGGAUAAUGAUUCACUAGGUCUUCUUUUGAAGGUCCAAUCCACAUAUAUAUGUCUGGGAACAUUUGCUAGCUCAAUAUGACAUGGGAAGCUAAAUCUCAAAUAAAUGAUUUGUGCCUAAUCUUCAUAAUUUAAAAUACUGAGAUUGUAUUAAAAAUACCUAUAUAUAUGUGUUGAGCUGAAAAUUAUAUUGGAUAACUGUCUGCUGUAUGGAAUAGUUAGCUACAUUGGUGAAUUUAAAAUGUUUAACCAACCUACUUCAGAAUAAAUAACAUCUUCCUUGUUUUUCAGACAUCUGAUAAA